AAAACUCUUCAAUUUCCUUUUACUUCCAAACUUUCAAUCACAAAAUAUUCCAAAUCUUUGCUGAGUAUUUCCUUCUUUCCAUUUUAGAAUUUGAAUUUUGAAUUUACAGUAAUUUUUUUUCCAUAACUACCAAAAAAAAAAAAAAAAAAACUAGCAGUUACUGUAACCAAUUUCGAGUUUUUACUUUUCUUUUACCCCCUUUUUUAUGUUGGGGAAAUUUUCAGCGUGUUUUUUAAGCGAAGCUCCGUGUAAAAACUUCAUCUUUAGUAGCAGCGAUGAAAAACCUUCGAUAAUGUUUUUUCCCUCCGCUCUUUUAAAAUCGCUGCCUUUCCAAUAAAGAAGAACUGGAUCCCCACACAACACAUAGUCACACACUGACACAACGCACUUUACUCUUCUUCUCUCAAGAAAUUCCGAGACCAAAAAAAAAAUAAACCAUGAGAUUUUGGGGCAAAGGCUCAAAUAGCGAAUCUCCCCAGCAAGCCUCGCCGUCGCCGGAGCCACCGCCUCCUCUUGUUCGGUCUUCUAAUAUGGCCGGCGGACCUGCUCGUCCGAUUCGCUUCGUAUACUGUGACGACAAGGGUAAGUUCCAGAUUGAUCCUGAGGCUCUCGCCGUUCUCCAGCUUGUGAAAGAACCAGUCGGUGUAGUCUCCGUCUGCGGUCGUGCCCGUCAAGGAAAGAGUUUUAUAUUGAAUCAGCUCCUUGGAAGAAGUAGUGGUUUUCAAGUUGCAGCAACUCAUCGGCCAUGUACCAAAGGCAUUUGGCUUUGGAGUGCUCCUUUGAAAAGAACUGCGCUUGAUGGAACUGAGUACAAUCUCUUACUCUUAGAUACUGAAGGGAUUGAUGCAUAUGAUCAAACGGGAACAUAUAGUACGCAAAUAUUCUCGUUGGCUGUACUCCUGUCAAGCAUGUUCAUUUAUAACCAGAUGGGUGGUAUUGAUGAAGCUGCACUUGAUCGCCUCUCUUUGGUUACUGAAAUGACAAAGCAUAUUCGAGUUCGAGCAGCAGGAGGGAGUACAGUUUCUGAGCUUGGGCAGUUCUCUCCAAUUUUUGUGUGGCUUCUCAGGGACUUCUAUCUGGACUUGGUUGAGGACAAUCGGAAAAUAACUCCUCGUGACUAUUUAGAGAUCGCUUUGAGACCUGUUCAAGGUGGUGUUAGGGAUGUAACUGCCAAGAACGAGAUUCGGGAUUCCAUUCGUGCUCUUUUUCCUGACCGAGAGUGCUUUACUCUUGUCCGGCCUCUGAGUGAUGAAAAUGAUCUUCAACGAAUGGAUCAAAUUCCUCUAGACAAAUUACGACCAGAGUUCAGGGCGGGUCUUGAUGCUUUAACUAGGUUUGUGUUCGAAAGGACACGUCCAAAGCAAAUGGGAGCAACAGUGAUGACAGGGCCAAUUCUGGCUCGGAUCACACAGUCCUUCCUUGAUGCUCUUAACAAGGGUGCAGUGCCAACAAUAACAUCUUCGUGGCAGAGUGUUGAAGAAGCUGAAUGUCUAAGAGCGUUUGAGUUGGGUACUGAAGUAUACAUGUCUUCAUUUGACCGUUCAAAGCCUGCUGAUGAAGGGUCCCUUAGAGAAGCACACGAAGAUGCUGUUCAAAAAGCAGUGGCUGCAUUUAAUAGCACUGCUGUAGGGACUGGCUCUAUCAGGCAGAAGCAUGAAAAGCAAUUUCAAACCUUCGUGAAAAGGGCGUUUGAGGAUAUUAAAAAAAAUGCUUUCAGAGAAGCUUUGGAUCAUUGCACAAAGUCCAUUAAAAAAAUGGAAAGGGAUCUAAAAAAUGCCUGCCAGGCUCCUGAUGCUAAACUAGAUAAUGUCCUGAAGGUUCUUGAUGGGUUUGUAUCUGAAUAUGAAUCUCAUUGUCAUGGUCCUGAAAAGUGGAAAAUGCUGUCCAAUUUCUUGCAAGAAAGCAUGGGGGGUCCAAUUCUUGAUCUCAUCAAGAAACAAAUAGAUCAAGUUAGAUCAGAGAGGAGUGCACUUGCUCUUAAAUGCCGUUCAAUUGAAGAUAGAAUGAGUUUACUGCAGAAACAGUAUGAAGCUGCUGAGAAACAUAAAUCCGACAAUUUGAAGCGUUACGAGGAUGCUAUGAUUGAUAUGAAGAAGCUUGAAGAUGAUUAUAAGAGACAGAUAGGUAAUUUGCAGCUCAAAAUCACUUCACUGGAAGAGAGAUGUUCUAGCACAUCCAGAUUGUUAGAUUCAGUUAGGCAGGAGUCGAAUGAAUGGAAAAGGAAGUACGAUCAGCAGUCAUAUAAGCAGAAGUCUGCAGAAGAUCAAGCUAAUUCGGAGAUUCAAAUCCUCAAAUCCAAGAGCCAUGCAGCUGAAGCCAGAUUGGCUGCUGCACAUGAACAAGCUCAGUCAGCUAGAGAAGAGGCUGAGGAGUGGAAACGGAAAUAUGACAUUGCUGUCAAAGAAGCCAAAAAUGCCCUUGAGAAGGCCGCCACAGUGCAGGAACGAACAAGCAAGCAAACACAGCAGAGAGAAGAUGCUCUUAGGGCGGAGUACUCCACUACUUUGGCUGAGAAGGAUGAGGAAAUCAAGGAGAAAACGUCAAAGAUUGAGCAUGCUGAGCAGCGUGUGACAACUCUGACUUUAGAUUUGAAGGCUGCUGAAUCAAAAAUGAGGAAUUAUGAGUUGGAAGUAUCUAGCUUGAGACAUGAAAUCAAGGAAUUGACAGAGAGGGUUGAGAGUGCCAAUGCUACUGCACGAUCAUUUGAAAGGGAGGCCAGGGAUCUGGAGCAACGAAAGGUUCAUUUGGAGGAGAAGUAUCAAUCUGAAUUCAGUAGGUUUGCAGAAGUUGAAGAAAGGUGUAAAUCUGCUGAAAGAGAAGCUAAAAGGGCGACGGAGCUGGCUGAUAAGGCCAGAGCUGAAGCGGUCGCUGCCCAAAAAGAUAAGAAUGAAAUUCAAAGAACCUCAAUAGAGAGAUUGGCCCAAAUAGAGAGAGCAGAGAGGCUCAUGGAAAGCUUAGAGAGGCAGAAAGCCGACCUGAAAAUUGAGUUGGAGCAACAUAUUGCUUCAGAGAUGGAUGCAGUCUCUAAAGUUGCAUUGCUGGAGGCUCGAGUGGAAGAGAGAGAAAAGGAAAUAGAAUCCUUAUUGAAAUCGAAUAAUGAACAGAGGGCUAACACAGUUCAAGUUCUUGAGAAAUUGCUGGAGACUGAACGCGCAGCUCGUUCAGAAGCUAACAAAUUGGCUGACUCACUCUCACUUCAGCUGCAAGCUACCCAAGGAAAGCUGGACAUGCUCCAGCAAGAGGUGACUGCACUUCGAUUAAACGAAACAGCCUUGGAUGGCAAGUUGAGGACUGCCUCCCACGGAAAACGAGCCAGAGUUGAAGACUAUGAAACUGGGAUGGAGUCCACUCAUGAUGUUGGCACGAAUGACAGAGUAAGUCGGGGAAACAAGAGAUCGAAGAGCACCAGCAGCCCUUUGAAGAUUCAUUCCCCUGAAGAUGGUGGUUCGGUUUAUCGAGGUGAUGAUGACACACUGAGCCAGCAGACAAACUCCCAAGACUAUACCAAGUUUACAGCAAAUAAAUUGAAACAAGAGCUGACCAAACAUGGUUUUGGACAUGAGGUGGUCGCGCUGAAGGCCCCCCACAAAAAGGGGGAUCUGUUGGCUCUUUACGAAAGAUGUAUUCUUAAAAAGUGAUAAAAGAGUGAAGGAGCAGAAAAUGUGAACUUUGUUGUUGACCACUGAUGGUUUGCUUCCUUUUGUGUGCUUCUAAAUUCUCUUAGCAUUGUGUGAGAUUUCCUCGAGCAUUAGGUUGGUUAUGUCUUUGCUUGCAUUAGUGGUGUAACGUGUGUGAAGACCUACUCAUAGUAAGGCUAGGAGUCUAGGACCCAUUAGGUAUAAUUUGAUUGUUUGUUGACAUACCGGAAAUGUACGCACUAGUAUCAUUUACAAACAGUUAUACUCAGUUUAUCGUCUUUUUCCAAUCGUGGCAUACUAAUUUUAGUGCACUUUACUAGCUACUGACGAGUAUUUUAAGCAGGAAAUAAUCUCCUGAGCAGAGGAGCUGAAUGAAUACAUAAUCAGGAAAUAACAAUACUAAUAAUUAAGAGCAAUGGGGAAUCGCAUUUGAUAUUUCCUCAAAUCAAUUUUCAAAAAGAAUACAAAUAGAGGAAUCAAAUUCCCCUGGCAAUGUCGACGCAGAGGAGAACAUAGUGGGCAACAUCUCUAUGCAUUCGCGAAAUGGAAUGAUUGGCAAUGUUGCUUUUCUUCAACGACUCAUUACAACUCUGCAAAGCAUCACUAGCCAUAAGUGCAUCAUAGCUAGCCAAUGCAGCAUCAUCCAGCAGUUCUCUGGGUAUCAUCUCCAACUCCUUGAGGCACCAACUGUAGGCAAAUGAGCAGUCUUUAAGAACCGCCUUUAGUGAUUGGUUUUCCGUCGCUGAAUUAUUCUUCUUCUUGGACAGAGUUAUCAAAAAUUGAUGGGCUUCGUUUGUUUUCUUGACUGCUAAAUCCACCGAAAUUUGCAGGAGGCUGAGUAGAUCUCUUGCGGCGGCGCUUCUGGGAUCGGUUUUAAGGGCCCUGAGACAGAAUUCCCUGUCUUUUCUGUUGGGCCUUUGGGCACAGAACCCAUUCACAGCAUGGUACGGUUCAUGGUCAGCAGCAGCAGCAGGAGGUUCUGCCUCCAUGAGAACAGGGGCAUCUUCCUUUGCAACUGCAAAUGAUGUGGGUGAAUUGAGGGAAAUAAAGAGCACGAAAAGGAGAGCAUAUACAGUUGUACUAUUUCUCUUAUCAGUCAUCAUCAUGUUCGAUGGUUUUUGUUUUUUUCUUUUUAGUGUUUACAGAACACGAGUGUUUUGUACAUUAAAUAGUGGGAUGGGAAAAUGGUGAGGCAGAGGAAAUCAGUUGGACAUUAAAGAGGAGAUUUGGAGUGUUUUGAAUUGAUUGAGGAGUCAAAGAACGAACACCCAAAAAAACCAUUACUCCUAUGUUUACUUCUACUAGCGUCUAGCUGCAUUUCAAUACUAUGGCAUGGUGAUUCUGGUAAGCCUCGCAAUUACUGUGACCACCUUUUUAGCACCAGCUUGGCAUCGCCAUUUGGCAAAUGAGAAGCUAUUCAUAUACUCCAUAGCCACACUAGCUAGUACAAAGGUCAAAAACAUUAGCCUGCUAAAAGAAGCG